AUGACCAACGCGGAAGGCAACAUUAUACCAAAACCAGAGGCACAAUGGACUGCCGACGAUGAAAAGAAGUGGGCAUACGAUUGGAAAGCCCAAAACAUUUUAAUUUCAGUACUUGGUGUUGAAGAGUAUUAUAGGGUAUCCCAUUGUAUGACUUCCAAGGAGAUGUGGGACGCGUUACAAGUUUCCCAUGAGGGAAUUAACGAAGUUAAACAGUCCCGCAUAAACACACUUACUCAAAAGUUUGAACUCUUUCGCAUGAAACAAGAAAAAUACAUCUUCGACAUGCAAGAGAGAUUCAUACAUCUCAUUAAUAAUUUAAAUUCACUUGGGAAGCAUAUUUCCAAUGAACUUGCUACUAAUAAAGUGUUGAGAUGUCUUAGUAGGGAAUGGAAGCCUAAAGUGACAGCUAUCAAGGAAGCAAAUGACCUUACUACACUCGACAUCACAACUCUAUUUGGCAAGUUAGAAGAACAUCAACAAGAACUAGCAAGGCUUGAAAAGUAUGAGAAGAAGAUUAAAAAGGAGAAGACUAAAGACAAAGAGAGUGAGAAGAAGUCCAUAGCUCUUGUGGCUUCUAACUCUAAGUCCUCAAAUAAAGAGCAAAGUGAUAGUGACUCAAGUAGUGACGAAGACUCGGAUGAUGAGGAAGUGGGACUGUUUGUUCGGAGUUGGAGAGGAAGAUGUAAAGAGCACGAAUCAACAAGAAUUGAGCAAUUUGAUGAAGGAUUGAAGGAGUUUGGAUCCAAAAUGCUUGAUGAAGUUCUUGAGAAUUUGAGAGAAAAUGGAGGGAAAAGUGGUAGGGCACUAAAGCCGGACUAUCCUCAACUAAAGAAGGACAAGGGAAAAGCUCCACCAAAGAAAUACAACAAACAAAUAAGGGCAUACAUCGCUUGGGAAAGCGAUAGUGAAUCGCCAAAUGAUGAAAGCUCAAGUGAUAAUGAUGGGACUGCCAACAUAUGUCUCAUGGCUCACAUAAAAAACAAGGCUUACCACAAGAGCCUCAAUAAAGAAAAGAAAAUGCAUACCGAAGCAUUAGCAGCUUUUAAGAGAUUAUCCUCCGAUAAACAAAUCUUUUCAUUUUUGGAGGGUAAAGUCUAUAAAACCGAAAAAGACUUAGAUGCUCUAAAAGAAAGUAUUAUAGAAAAUUCAAAAGAUAUUGAUGGAUUGAUUGAGCGUCUUGCAUCCGAGGAAAGAAGAUGGUUUCUUGACAGUGGAAGUUCAAGGCACAUGACGGGUGAGAUAUCUCUAUUCAUAGACUUUAAAGCUAAGAAGAGGGGUUAUGUUAGUUAUGGCAACAAUAACAAAGGAGAGAUUCUCGGAAAAGGUAGUGUAGGUAACCCCUAUACCAUUACUAUCUCCGAUGUGAAUUUAGUUGAGGGACUUAAACACAAUAUCUUGAGUAUUAGCCAAUUAUGCGACAAGGGUUACAAAGUAACUUUUACAAACACUUCUUGUAUAAUUGAGCAUAAUGACAAAAAGGAUAUUGUGUUUAAGGGUGUUAUAGUAAACAAAAUAUAUAUGCUUAAUCUUAUUGAGGAAUACAUACUCAAGGAUGUUGUUGAGGGAAGUGAUCAGCCCAAAAUAGUGGACAUUGAGAAGGAGGAAGAUAUUAGUCAUGUAAAAGAUGAAGAGGAAUGCCCGAAUGAAGUGUAUGAUCUUCCAUUGGCUUGGAAAUCCUCAAGAGACCAUCCUAUUGACAAUAUACUUGGAGACACCACCAAAGGAGUGAGAACUCGUUCUAAGCUAAGUUUAAAUGCAAAGGUUUGGGAGAGAAGUGGAUGUGAUGAGCAAUUUAAGCAGCAAGACAUUACAAUCCAACAAUUUCAAGUGUUUCACAUUCAACUGAGUAAAAACUGCUACAAGAAACUUUCAUCUAAGUGCUCUUUUGAAUGA